AUGGUGAGAAUGCCAAAUGAGGACAAAUUGCAUGCUCAUGUCAUGCUGCUAAAGUCAGUUGGAAAGUUGCCCAUUCAGUACACUUUCGCCUCGGGAUACGGAAUUUUGGCCGGUAGCGCGCGCCAGAGAUUCGGUGUGUGUGAUGCGACCAAGAUUUUCGGUGUUAGACCCCAUUUGGCCCAACCUUUGCACCCACAUUGUGCCGACUUGCCUUGCCAAAAGAUCACAUUGAUUAUAAUUACACCGCAUCGCAGAGAUCAAACCCUUCUUUACUUGCAUUCUGUAGAUAUGUCCGAAUGCCGGCCAGACUUUGCCAUUUGGCUCGUAUGCGUCUCUGUAUCACACACCAAGCAACCUCCUUUGCCCAUCCACCACUGCCACCGUCCUUCAGUCGGUUAG